AUGCCCGGCGUCCUCUGCGCCCCCACGGAGAUCGCCCGGGGACGGGCGUCGGGGGGCGACCGGGAGGCGGGGUCGGUCCUGGCCCAGAUCACAGCGCUCUGCCGAUCCGCGGCGACGCUGAUCGAGCCGCUCGAGCGGCACUUUGGCGGGACCUAUGGGGGGGUCUGUUUUGUGUGCCCCUACAAUGCCGAGGCAUCGGGCUGCGUCGUCCAGUGUGCGAUGAGGGUUGCGGAGCGUAUGGGCUGGGGUGUUCUGACCAGGUAA